AUGUAUCCCACAAUGCUCCCGACUCCGCCACCCUCACCGAUUCCCCGUUGCUACGCCCCCGAGGAUCGCCUAGGACUCGUCUUGGCCGACCGGCUGGAACUGACCCGAGUCUUGGGCGUUGGAGCCUAUGGAGUCGUGUACACCGCAGUGGACAUUCACACCAAUCAGAUCUACGCCGUCAAGGCUCUCAACAAACAUGGCCUGGAUCCCCGCCAGCUCAAGUUCCAGCAGCGUGAGAUUAGACUACACCACCUGGCCAGCCAACACCCCAACGUGGUGUCCCUAGUCCGCAUUAUGGAUUCCCCGGAUUGUACCUUCGUCGUUAUGGAAUACUGCCCGGAGGGAGACCUGUUCUCCAAUAUCACCGACAAGGGUAACUUUGUGGGCAAUGACUUCCUCGCCAAGAGUGUCUUCCUGCAGCUCCUAGAUGCUGUUCAAUAUUGCCACUCGAUGGGGAUUUACCACCGCGAUCUCAAGCCCGAGAACGUGUUGGUCACCGACCAGGGAAUGACCGUGAAACUGGCCGACUUUGGCCUGGCAACGACAGAUUAUUACACCACAGACUUUGGAUGUGGUUCCACAUUCUACAUGUCGCCUGAAUGCCAACAAUCCAACGCCCGUCCUAUGUCUUGCUACAUGUCCGCCGCCAACGACGUCUGGAGUCUGGGCGUGAUCUUGGUCAACCUCACCUGUGGUCGCAACCCAUGGAAGCGAGCAUCCGUUGAGGAUUCCACAUUCCAGGCCUACCUUAAGGACCCAUUCUUCCUGAAGAGUAUUCUGCCGCUUUCCUCCGAGAUGGUCUGUAUCCUGAGCCGUGUCUUCGAGCGCGACCCUUGUAAACGCAUUACCAUCUCCGAGUUGCGUCAGGUCAUUCUGGAGUGCCCCCGUUUCACGGAGAAUCCCAUGGUCCAGCCCUGGGUACCGGAAGACUACAUUCCCCAGCCCCCAAUCCCCAACUUCAUGCCUAUGGAACCCCUGCAUGCCCAGACCUCUGGUUCCUCCUCGGACUCCUCCCAUUACUCGGCCUUCUCCGAGGCUCCCUCUGAUGGCACCGCCAUCACAGAGGAUUAUUCCGAUCUCAAUACCCUGUCUCCUGUAGUCUCGGAAGUCCCGGAGUUCAAGCCCGUCCUUCCCUCUGCCUGUGCAGAACCCUUCUACCCCGAUCCCUACUUCUACGGGAUGGUCCCUUUUUCACUACCGCUUGAUGUUCCUGUCUGA